AUGCCGUCCGUCACGGCUUUGACACCGACUUGCUCCGGCAGGCCGAGCAACACCGACGACGCCUUCUCCUCAGCGACGGCCUCGGGCGCCGACACACCAUCCAGCGACCAGCCGACCCUCAACCGCCGCCGACACUCCUUCUUCCUCCCGCGCCGCAAGUCCAUCGUCGGCCAAAUCAUGGACACCGAGGAAAGCCUGCUGCUCAAGGUCGACCUCUUCCUCUCCGAGCUGGAGCGCCGCCUCGAGUUCAUCGAGCGCUACGGCGACAUGAGCCGCGACUACAACUUCUCCCGCGCCUUCUCCACCCUGCAGGCCGUCCGCACCCGCUGCUCGCAGGCCUCGGAAGAGGUCAUAGGCGCCGGACGCCGCCGCCUGCACGUCAUGAUUGAGACGCUGGAGACCCGGUACCAGGAGACGCUGGCGGCGACCGAGUCGCUCCAUGAAAAGGCCUGCGUCGGCAUCGAUCUUCUUGAAGGCAUGCUGACCGAGUUCGAGGAGCGCGCACACAAGCUGCGCGAGCAGAGCUUCGCCAACGCCGCCACGGCCGCCGAGGCCUUCAUGGACGAGGGUCGCCGUGUCGCCACGGAAAGCAUCGAACGCGCCAGAGAGGUCAUGGACGAGGGUUUUGAGCGCGCCAAGCGUGCCGCCCUGUCUCUAGAGGAACACAUCCAGCAGGCCAUCCUCCUGGCAAAGGAAAGACGACUCCUGGCGUACCAUGAGCUGCCCAUCCCCUGGCGCAACAACCCGCACAUCCACAAGGGCUAUCGCUUUACCGAGACGAAGCUCGAGUGCGUGUGCUCCAUCUUCAACAUCUCCAACGAGUUCAUCAACAUCUGGUCCCACGCUCUGGGCCUCGUGCUGGUGCUUGCCGUCGCCUUUUACUUCUACCCGACCAGCGCCAACUUCUCCCUCAGCACCAAGAGCGACGUCUUCGUGGCCGCCGUCUUCUUCAUCAUGGCCUGCCUCACGCUCGUGUGCUCCGUCAUCUGGCACACGAUGAACUCGGUCGCCGACGUCAACGCAAUCUCCAUCUUUGCCUGCGUCGACUACACCGGCAUCUCCCUGCUCAUCGCCGCGUCCAUCAUGACGACCGAGUACACGGCCUUCUACUGCGACCCCAUCAGCCGCUGGACCUACAUGCUGCUGACGGCCUUCCUCGGUGUCGGCGGCGUCAUCCUGCCCUGGCACCCCCGGUUUAACGGACCGGACAUGUCGUGGGCGCGCGUCGCCUUCUUCGUCGGCCUAGCCCUGACGGGCUUCAUGCCCAUCCUGCAGCUUCUCUACACGCACGGCUCCGAGUUUGUCAUUGACUUUUACUCGCCCAUCCUCAAGUCCGUCCUCGUGUACUUUGGCGGCGCCGUCGUGUACGCGAGCAAGAUCCCAGAGUGCUGGUACCCCGGCAUGUUCGAUUACAUCGGCGGCAGCCACAAUCUGUGGCACGCGGCGGUGCUCGGCGGCAUCAUCUUCCACUACACGGCGAUGCAGCAGUUCUUUGCCAACGCCUUCAGCCGCGCAGUCAGCGGCUGCCCUGCCUACUAG